GGUACCCAGCCCUGAGCAGAUCUAUUCUUUGAGCUGAAAAUGAUGUGCAGUAGCAAGAAUUUGCUCCUGGUUGCUUUGAUGUCAGUGUUGCUCAUCCACCUCUGCAGCAAGUCAGAAGCAAGCAACUUUGAUUGCUGUCUUCGAUAUACAGAACAUGUCCUUCAUCCCAAAUUUAUCGCGGGCUUCACACAGCAGCUGGCCAAUGAAGCUUGUGACAUCAAUGCUGUCAUCUUUUACACAAAGAAAAGAUUGGCUGUGUGUGCAGAUCCAAAGAAGAAGUGGGUGAAAAAGGCUGUGCAUAUCCUCAGCCACAGAGUCAAGAAGAUGUAAAACGGAUGCUCUCUGGAAUGGAAUUGAACAGAGCC